UUAAGAUCCCGGAUGGAAGAGUACUCCUGGACCAAUAAUAACAAACUCAAAGGAGCAGGAAGGACGAUAUAGACCUGACUGCUGAUAAGAUUCAAGUUCUCUAUAAGUUGUAUCUUGCGAGUAAAGUCCCUUUGGCAUAGGAUUUCUCAGCGAUGUUGAUUGAUAGCCUCAAGUUGCGAUGCUGCAGCUGUACACGCAAAUGCUGUUACUGUACAAUACAAAUAGAUCACAUGGAUCAUCAUAUCUAUUAACUAUACCCUUGACAAACCUCUAAACAAAAAUAAGCAGUGCUUAUGGAUACAGAUAUCCCAUUGCUCGUCCUGAGUGAAAUGGCAGCCAAAAACCUACUACAGUUACACUCACUGUGAUGAACGCGUUAGCCUCCGCGGACAACCUGCCUAACGGACCUCAGCUCAUCGGCCAAACUAGCAUACAGGCAACCCGAACCGUUGUACAGAUCGCUCAGGACCCAUUCAACUCCAUUUUCUCCUCCUCACUCUCCUAUAUACUGAGCCAUAAACUUAUUCUACCUUCGUCGCAGGCGAUGAACCCUCACAUUUCAGUCCCGCGACAACAUGGCGCCACGAGCUUCGGUGGUACCACGCCGUCGAGAGGAUCCGCUGUACGAAUGCCACGGUUCUUCAAGAGGCUCUUCAAGUUCCCCCAGAUGGACUUCGAGAUGGCUAUCUGGGAGAUGACGUCGCUAAUCAUCGCGCCAAAGAAGGUCUUCAAAUCCAUGUAUUAUCAUGUGAAAACGAAAAACACAUGGCACCGACCAGACCCGUCCUUCACCUACCUGCUCUCCUUCCUGCUCGUCUUGACCGCUCUGGCCUGGGGACUCGCAUAUGCGCCGUCCUUCGGCGCCAUUGUCCGCAUGUCGCUGCUCUUCGUCUUCGUCCACUUUAUAGGGUCGUCAUUACUCAUUUCGACCGUGGCAUAUCUCUGUGUGGGACGGCUGUUUGGACCUAAUGGAGCUGCCGGCAGCUUCACCGGGCUCCGGGGUAACAGAUACCGCAGGCGAGGAGCAGCGCAGGGUUUAUUUGCGCAGCCGGGAGAGAAAGAACAGAUUGAAUUUGGCUACUGUUUCGAUGUCGCUAACCGCGCCUUCUUCCCACUCUAUCUCCACCUAUAUGUCGUGCAGUUCCUCCUGCUGCCCCUCUUGACAUUGAACCCGACGAACUUCUUCGCCGUCUUCGUCGGAAACACACUCUAUCUCUCCGCCUUCACAUAUUACACCUACAUCACCUUCCUUGGCUACAAUGCCCUACCUUUUCUCCAUAACACCGAGCUUCUUCUCCUCCCGAUCGUCGUUUUCGCUGUACUGUGGCUGGUGAGUCUCAUCGCACGUUGGGGCGUGAUCAUGCCCGGCCACGCAGUGGAGGGGCUAUUUCUCGGUGUCUGAUUUUGAUUGCUGCACGGAAUAGCAAUGCAUUGCAUCAUUAAUAUGAUAUGCCUAGCGAUGAAUGUCAUUUCCUCGAAAGGCCCAUGUUGCAUAGUUCCAAGAGAACAUUUGUAUGACAAAAGAACGUGACAUUUUCUAUAUCUUUAUUUUUUAUUCUGUUGCUUGUGAUAUCUUUUUUUUUGGUUUUAAUUUCCGGCGUUCAAGAUAGAGAGCUAUCUGGUCACUGUUAAUGUGUGUUGCUCAUGUCAUGUCCUAAUGCAUCUUUUCGUGGCGAUCCCCUAUUCCCAAUCUCUAGGUCUAGGCCCUCUAGUAUAUAUCAUUUACCACAGUUCUUAGGGACUAUUGUAAUGCAGUAUUUCCUCCAUUUGU